CUCCGCGACAGGGCCUCUGGACUUUCCUGGGGUUGGCCCUUUCAAUGAUGGACACUGGGGCUUGCCCGAUUUCUUUGCCCACUGCUUUAAACUUUACGCCUUAUUUGCCCAAUUCGUCUUAACUCUGCUCUUGCUUCACCUGCCCGCGCCUCCUCCGGCGAGGAGUACCACCUCUCAACCCUCCUCCCUCGCUUGACAACCCAAAUCCUCACAAUGAAACGGUUUCUCUCGUGGAUUCGUCGUAAUCCAGAACCCGAACCUGUACAAGAUGAUGUCUUGUCAACGGGAGCUCUGGACCCUCUGAGAAUCUCCAAGGUCGCUGAGGAGAAGCAGAAGAAUGAAGACAUUUUCCCUCUCCCAAUUCCGGGUGCCUUCCCGCCGUCGCCGUCAGUGUCUCCGCGUCUUGCGCCACGCGAUGAGCAAUUAGUCGAGGAAUUGGUUCACGUGGAUACUGCGCAGGAAUUGGAAGUCGAUGUUUCGACCGCCCCUCAACUCCAUACAGAUCUCGGGUCAUAUUUACACCCCAGGAGACCAAAAUACACACCUUCCCCACAGCGCUUCCGACCCGCUGAAACCGCUGCUUCAAAGCCGAUACGAAGACCGCGCUUCCAAGAUGAUCUGGCCAUCAAUGACCCGUAUGGCCAACAAUACAGAGCAUUCGAGAAGUUGCCCUUUGGCAGGCCAGUAUCUGCUGUAUCACUCUUCUACCCCGAGAAGAAACCCCUUCCGGAGAAUCGAAUCGCGUCCAUACUUGCGCCUGAAUGGGAACGACGCGAAAAAGAGAGGAGAGCCUUGGAGGGCUUGGCAGGUCGUCCAGCCCGGGUGAUUCCUCGUGGACCCGCUGUGCGACCAUUGUCAAGGGAUUGGAUGAUGAAAGUUUCAGAGGCUAUGAGAACGCUGCAGGGAUAUCCAGUUGCCAAGUCUCCCUCGGGUGAUGACUUAUAUCAAAGGGACAUCGCUACGUGUAUUAAGCCACUGGCGUGGCUCAACGAUGAAAUCAUCAACGCAUACCUAACCGUCCUCGUUCAAUAUCUCCGCCAAUCAACCGGCAACACGGCAUCGAAUGAUCGACCCAAGUUUCACGCUUUCAAUACCUUCUUUUACUCCACCCUCCGAGACAAAGGUUACCAAGGUGUCCGUCGCUGGGCCAACCGCGCGAAAAUUGGCGGUGAGGCUCUCUUGGAUGUCGACACUGUUUUUAUUCCUGUGCAUCAGGCGAGUCACUGGACUCUGAUGGUUGUACGGCCAAUGGACCGGACAAUCGAAUACUUCGAUUCACUAGGCGCUCGGGGUGCGCGGGAGGUAGAGGUUAUCAAAAAGUGGCUUCACGGGGAACUAGGAGACAAGUUUGACCCGGAAGAAUGGACUUUCUUACCCUCAGUUUCUUCUCAACAGGACAACAUGAGCGACUGCGGCGUGUUCCUUCUCGUUAAUGCCAAAGCUAUCGCUCUUGGGAUUGAACCCACGGCAUUUGGGGCCAGUGAUACGGUUGACUUGCGAAUGAAAAUCGUUGCAGAGCUCAUGAAUGGCGGGUUACAUGGUCCAUUCUGUCCCGUCGAUAAAAUGGGCCAAACUUUGCUUUGACGCAAUGCUGCGAAAAGGACUUUUUCGAAACGCUCACAGCGUACCUGAUGGGAAAACUGCAAAGCUGGGAACUUACUGCCCCAGUUCCUCGAGUGACCCUUCCGAAUAUUAUUAUUGAGGGGUCAACUCCCUCAUAUACCAAUACUUCAGCAUAUGCAUCGUCAUCACCCAGGCGUUUUCCAAUUUUUGCGGACUUUUAUCUACAUCUUUCCCGGCGCACAUGGCGAUUUCAACAUGGCGAAUUUAGAAAUGGGUUGGAGGAACAGUCAACGGUCAACGGUCAACCAGGAAGAAUUUUUUUCCAAGGGUUCAGAUGUUUUUGGGGCCAUUGUUACUGUUUCUGCGUUUGUUAUUUAAUGGUCUGAACGAAACUCGAAUG